GGUAAACAUUGCGAAGAAGAAGACGUAGCACUUCCGCGUUGUCACAGUUUCCCUCAACUAGCUCAGCAGCGCGCGGUCCUGACGCAAAAUGUCAAAACUUAAAGACAAAAGACGAGAGAAAACCAGCGUCGCCAGUGAGAUCGAUCGAUUGGAGGAGAGGCGAACGCGUUGCCAUGACAACCUGGAGAGGGCGGAGUUCAAGAGUAGGAAGGAGCAGCUCUCUGAGAGGGAGAGGCUCCUGAUUGAGCCGUCUGUCUCCGUCUCAUCUUUUCUCCUCCACAGGCAGGAGCUGGAAGAUGAAAUGGGGAUCAUGAAUGAAAGGGUGCAGAAACUAGACAAGGAGCUGAAGACAUUACGAGGAGAGAAUCGGAGGAACAUGGUGCUGUCGGUUGCUCUGCUGGCCAUCAGUGCUCUGGUCUACUACAUGUUUGUCUACAUGGAAGAGGACUCGUGAUAUCAAACAGCUUCUCAGAGGGACCCACUGCUCUCUCUCUAGAGCGAUGAUGAUAAAAAGAGGGAAAAAGUGCAUGGAUGCAAUACCUCAGUUCUACCUGCAGGUGGCGUCAUUAAAUUGUUUCUUUUUCAUCUGGACAUCAAACUUUUUUCAUCAUCAGGCCACAGCUUUCUCUGCAGGGACGCUGGGGAUGUAUAAACACUGAAUACUCAUCUGUAUGGAUUCCUCCCGAUGAUAUUUAGGUGAACUGAAAUAGCAUUUUGGUCCUUUCCGCAGCGAAACUGAUAUAUUAAUACUGUAUUUUACAAAACGUGUUUAUGACACCCGUGCCAAUCAAGACUGCCUUUUAACGACAUAAAUACAUAAUAGUGCAUGAGCCACAUAAUCCGCUUAUAUCAGAUGUCGGACAGAUCGAUGGAUGGAGAUGCUGCAAUUGUUUUUCUUUGUAAAUGUGAUCAGGAUGUUGAAGGAUUCACAAAGGACCUGAAGAAUGUAUUGUUUUCAUGACAGCCCAAUGCAAACCAUUCACAGAUAAGAAGAACUCAAAGAUGCCAAAGAUGUUUGUGAAUGUUGUUUCACCAGUUACUUGAUCAUGAAUAAAAAUGAAAGGCUUUACAUUCA